AUGGAAUAUUAUACCAUAUUGUCGAAUUUCUUGGCACAAAAGGGAAUGAUCUGGAAAAAUAUCAUACCGAAAGCACCAUGGAGUGGAGGAGUUUAUGAGAGAAUCAUUGGAAUGAUAAAAAAGGCUCUAAGAAGAGCUAUUGGAAGAAGGCUACUGUGGGGGAGAGAAUUGGUAGCGCUGAUAGUGGAAAUUGAAGGUAUACUUAAUACCCGGCCACUGACAGUAAACUUUGAUGCUUACUUUGAUGAAAUCAUUCGCCCAAUUGAUUUCAUCUCCCCCAAUGCCUUACUCGUCACUCCAAUUAACAACAGCGACAAUUAUGACGAAUUUACCCCUCAUAAAUUAAGCGACAAGGAAAAACUUGUUAAGUAUUGGUACAAUACUCUUAAAGCCUUGGACAUAUUCUGGGAGAUUUGGAGAAAUGAAUAUUUAACCAGUCUCAGAGAAAGAACGCAAAGGAACCAUAUUUCUGCCCGAAAUAUGGAAGUGAGGAUACCACGUGAGGGUGAAAUAGUAUUAGUCAAUGAACCGGUAGUCCCUCGUGCUAGAACGAGAAGUGCUGUUAAGCGUCAACUAAAACAAGGAAAUUCAAGUAAGUCUCGUCGUAUAAUAACAAAUUUGGUUUUAUUGGCAGUAAUGUGUAUUGUGGAAACCCGAGCAUCUCAAGAUAAAAAAUGGAUGUUAAAAAGUGAUCCAACUCUAGCAGCAAAGCUAUUGCUUCAAAGAAAUGACGUGAUAGCUAAAAGUAUCAAAGGUGAAGUAUUGGUUGCUCCUUGUAACGCAGGAAGGGUCGAAAGACCUUUGGUGGAAUUCAGUGUAAGUCUAACAAAUCAAUUUGAAAUUGAACGUAUCAACACUGAAUUACAAGUAUUAGAGCAACGAGUAGAGAUACUCAAUCCCGCUCCAAUCAAAUCAAUCCCACAGCGGAUUUGA